AUGGCUGCCCGCCGAUGGCUCAGGCGCUCGCUACUCGAUAUUGCCGCGUCGUGGCAACUGGUGUGGAUCAAGCGCUGGACGGACGCCGCCACUGUCAAAGGCGAUCCAGGCGACCCCAUUUGGGUUUGGGGACUCGCCGUGCUCUCGGUGGGAACGGUACUGUCACGGGCGGCCGGCAACGUGCUGGUGGCGGUGGGUGCCAACCGGCUGUCACGACUUCUCCACCGCGACAUGCUCGACCGAGUGCUGCACAGCCCCGUCGCUUUCUUUGACUCGACUCCACGCGGACGCAUACUGAACCGGUUCACGGCCGACGCGAGCACUCUGGACACCCGGCUCGCAUCGUACUCGCGCCAAACGGUGCAGAACAUCCUGCUGGCCAUCGCCCGCGUCGCCGCCAUUGGCACCGAGCGAGUGGCCGUGCUUGGCAUCAGCGCAGUCGUCGCUGCUGUCUUUGCAUUCGGCAUGAGGUACCUGCCGCGCGCGGUGAACGCGGCGCGGUUCGCCAAGAACGCGCACCUGUCUCGCGUGCUGCAGCUCGUGAACGAGACGGCCGAGUCGCUGAGCGUGGUGCGCGCCCACGGUGCGACGCGGCGCUUCCUGGCGCGCUUCUGCCGCCUGGCGGACGCCAACCUGCGGCUGUGCCUAGCCAGCGUGGGCUGCGUGCGGCUCACGCGGGCCUUCGGCUCCACCUGUGGACUCGCUGUGGUGCUGGCCACGCUCGCCUUCGCCAUCGGCGAGGAUCCCAGCACCGCGGGACUCGUUCUCAACUCCUCUCUGGCCAUCCCAAUCAUCAUGGUUUCCUUGUGCACGGCACUGCUCGGUAUCACGCAGGUUGUGGUUGCCCUCGAACGCCAGCUGGAGUACGCAGAACUUCCAGAUGAG